CCACAGUAUUCCAACUGGGGUCUCACCAAUGCCGUGUAUAAAGGCAUUUAACCAAACAACAAAACAAAGAAAAUAACUUCACAUCUAACUAGACUUUCCCUAUCUACUAAAUGAUCCGUAUGUCAUGGUCCAGUCCAUUCCCUUACCCAGCAUUCCUUGCAGCCAGGGGAGUUCUGCCCGGUUCAAUUCAUCUUGUGCCCCCAGCUCCUGGCUUAAUUUCACCCAAGGGAAGAAACCAAGUAGGCAGGAUUCCUUCCCAUUCAGAUCUCAGCACCUUCUCCAUUGGCUCUCCUGGCUCCCUGCCGACACCCCAUCCCCUGAGUUUAACCCUUAGGUCACUGAAUGCUGGGAGGUUCGGAAAAGGCCAGCACUCCUCGUUGCCAUGGCAGCAGUAGGGCUGUCGGGGAAAGGCCGGACAGGGGUUUGAUCGGUGUGGUCAAUGCACCUCUCUGAGCCACGGGAUGCUGGGAGUGCAGCAGCCACGGUCUAUGAGAGAGACACUUCCACGGCCAGCGGGGUUCAGCGCCAGGGCUUGUCUGACUGGACACUUAGCCUGUGCUCCCAGCUGUGGCUCUGCUGCCCAUCACAAAAUGCCUCCCAGUGUGCUCUAGUCUGCUCCCAUCUCCGGGGGCUCACAGCACGCUGGGGCACGUCAGUCAGUGCAUCGCAGCCGAGCCGCACGGACAGCGAAUGCCUGGCGCCCCAGUGCCGGGACACUCCCAAAGGGCUGCUGGCAGCAGGCCAUGUGGAAGGAGCCCACAAGACUCCGUUACCACCCAGAGAGCCAGGAGCAGGGGACUCUCCAUUCGCCCCAUGUGGGCUGGUCCAUGCUGCAGUCAUGUCAGCCUCACAGAGACUCACACAGUCACUAGGGUUACCCAGCGAGCAGCAGCCCUGGACUCCAUUCCACAGGGACUUGCCCAUCGCUGCCCAGGUCUCACGCCCCUUUUCACUUUCUAUUUCUGAGAAAUUAAUCUUAAGCAAACACGGCAUCUAGGUCUGUGACGAGCUGGCCAGUGAGAAAACGGCUCAGGUCCCAGCCCCGCCUCUCUCACGGGCUAUAAAUAGGGACCCAACUGGGAGACCCGGACACCAGACCCUGCAGGAGAUCCCUCUGCCACCCACACGCGGCUUCCACUCCCAGUAACAAUGGGGGGAAUCGGCGUCUCUCUGUCCAUUGUCCUGGCUCUGGUGACCCUCAGUUCUAGUGAUGCUGGUUCUGGUGACCCUCAAAAGACAAAGUGUGACCUGUCCGGCCUGUGGCGGAACGAGCUGGGCUCGCUGAUGGAGAUACAUGACGUUAACGAGGCGGGAGAAUUCUCCGGCGAGUACCUCACAGCCGUGACGGCCACCAGCAACUGUAUCCAGAACUCGCCCCUGAAGGGAGCCCAGCAUCAUACAAAGGCAGAGACGUCUCCGGUCUUCGGCUUCACUGUGAACUGGGAGUUCUCAAACUCCACCACCGUCUUUGUGGGCCAGUGCUUCAUGGAUGCUCGUGGGAAUGAAACUCUGAAGACCACGUGGCUCCUGCGUGAGGAGGUCGGAUCUCUUGGAGAUGACUGGGGGGCCACCAGGGUCGGCACAAAUGAUUUCACCCGGAAACAAAAUCGAGAGCGGGGGAAAAUCCUUCAGAGUCAUUCUCCACAGUGUGACACUCCUGCUCCACUAUCACCGUGAAUAUGCUGUCUGCCCCAUGGCUCCUUUGUCUGCCCCACAACUCCU